CAGGAGUCGACUUGUUGAUAAAGAACCGUAUGGGCAUCUCGUCUGGAUCUGGAGCAUGCCACAUUCGCGACACUCAAUACUAGCGAGCAUUCGCUGAAAGACCAUUCAAUCACGAUGGGUGUCUUGGACUACUUCAAAUCAUCGAGCCCCAAGGCCACUUCGAACACAUCUUCGACCUCGGACCAAGAUGUUGAGGCAAUCUCCACGGCAGCAAAAGGAACAGAUCCAUCAUCUCCAGAUAACGCGCCUGUCCGACCUCACACCGACGCUGUCGACGACGAGCGUGUCGCCUUCCUGGAUACGUUCACGCCCGAGGAGCAGAAAAGCAUUGUCCGAAAGAUUGACCGCCGUCUCCUCAUCACAAUCGGAGUUAUCUAUCUGAUCAAGCAGAUCGACGUCAACAAUGCUGCAAGCGUCAAGGUUCUGGCUGUUGGGAAGCCUACCAACAUUCUCAAGCAAUUGAGCAUGACCUCUGACGAGUACAACUGGGUCCAAUCCAUCUACUAUAUUUCGUACAUUAUCUUCGAACUGCCAAGCAACCUCUUCCUCAAAAAGAUGACACCACGAGUAUUCCAGACCAGAAUUUGCGUCUUGUGGGGACUCGUACUCGCUUGCCAUGCUGCAGUCCGAAAUAAAGAAGGCCUUUACGCUGCUCGAUUCUUUCUCGGACUGGCAGAGGCCGGGUUAUUCCCAUCUAUCAUGACCCAGCUUUGUAGCUGGUACCGAAGCGACGAGAUGGGUAAACCCAUCAUGUGGCUUUUCGGGAUCUUCAACCUUGCGGGUAUUCUUGGCUCUUUGCUCGUCUACGGCAUUUCGUAUCUUGAUGGGAAGCAAGGCAUGAGCUCAUGGCAAUGGGUGUUCUUAAUCGAAGGUGUUGUCACCAUAGCUUUCGCAGGCUUGAUCUUCUUCAUCUAUCCCGACUACCCGAAGUCGCCACGAUCUGCCAAAUGGCUCACCCCUCGCGAGCAGAAAUUCCUCGAGAUAAGAUUGACAGAGAACGCGCCACGGACACAAGACGCCGCGUUUUCCUGGAAAGAGAUCAAGGACACAAUCAAAGACGUACGGAUGUGGUCUUUCAUGUUGGCACAGGUCCUUAUGAACACAGGUGGCUUCGGCCUCAGUUGGUUCUUGCCGACAAUCACAACGAAUCUCGGUUUUGCCGGCCUUCCACGAAAUCAGCUGCUCAAUAUCCCACCGGCCGCUGCUGGUAUUAUUGCAAUCAUCAUUGCGGCCUGGAUUUUGAAGAAAGCUUGGGUACCUCGUCCCUUGCUCACUGUUACAAUCGUUCUUUGCGAAGUUGCCACGUUCGCCAUAUUUCUUGGAACCCGCCACCGAGGUGCAAUCUACACCGCCUGUGUGCUUGGGAGCAUGUUCUCAGCCUGUCUUGCCAUACCUUUCUGGUCCUGGCGAACCUCAUCUCUAAGCGGCACGACGGGAACCGCCUUUGCGCUCGGUUUUCAGUCCGGUAUCGGUCAGUUGGGCGGCGUUAUUGGACCGCAAAUCUUCCGCUCAAAAUAUGCUGCAGGCGGAUAUAAGGUCUCUUAUGGCGUCUGCACUGGGGCACUGGCAGGUUGUUUUCUAGCUAAUUGCUUGAACUGGUAUCUCACUCGCAAUCUGGAGUGGGAUGUACGUCGUGUCAGACUUCAACGGAUCAAAGCUGAAAGAGAAGGUCGUCUAUUCACAGAGGAUGAGGUCAAGUUCUUCAACGAGCGGGAGCACUUUACCAAGACUCUGAAGAAACAAGAGACCGGAGACAUUAUCUAAUCUGUUGACGUGUUGAUGAAGCGCGUCGUCACCG